AUGGCAGACAGAGAUACAGAUGAGUUAAACAUCGAUAACGUAAUAAAAAAAUUAUUAAAAGUCCGGGGCGAAAAGCCUGGUAUGAAUGUACAGUUAACGGAAGUUGAGAUAAAAGGCUUAUGCUUGAAAUCCCGGGAAAUAUUCCUGUCACAGCCGAUACUACUGGAAUUGGAAGCUCCACUUAAAAUAUGUGGUGACAUUCAUGGACAAUAUUAUGAUCUACUGAGGCUUUUUGAGUAUGGAGGCUUCCCACCAGAGUCAAAUUACCUCUUCCUCGGUGACUAUGUUGACCGUGGCAAACAAUCUUUGGAGACAAUAUGCCUUCUGCUUGCAUAUAAAAUUAAAUACCCUGAAAACUUCUUCCUAUUAAGAGGGAAUCAUGAGUGUGCUAGUAUCAAUAGGAUUUAUGGGUUCUAUGACGAGUGCAAACGGAGGUACAACAUUAAGCUUUGGAAAACAUUCACAGAUUGUUUUAACUGCUUACCAGUUGCUGCUAUUGUUGACGAGAAAAUCUUCUGCUGCCAUGGUGGGCUCUCGCCAGACCUCCAAGCGAUGGAGCAGAUCCGCAGAAUCAUGCGUCCCACGGACGUACCUGACCAGGGUUUGCUCUGUGACCUUCUGUGGUCAGAUCCAGACAAGGACGUCACCGGUUGGGGUGAAAACGAUCGUGGUGUCAGCUUUACCUUCGGCACAGAGAUUGUCGGAAAGUUCCUGUCGAAGCAUGAGUUCGACCUGAUCUGCCGUGCGCAUCAGGUAGUGGAGGACGGCUACGAGUUCUUCGCGAAGCGGCAGCUCGUGACGCUCUUCUCUGCGCCCAACUACUGUGGCGAAUUCGAUAAUGCCGGUGCACUUAUGUCCGUGGACGAGACGCUGAUGUGCUCGUUCCAAAUCCUGAAACCGGCGGACAAGCGCAAGCUGUACUCCGGGCUAAACAUGGGCCGACCCAAUACCCCGCCGCGGGCGCAGCCCAAAAAUAAAAAGAACUAG